AUGCAGAUCGUUGUGCAGGCUCAUGGUUCGAACCUGUUCGGGCUCGUGAAGCGGGAGUUUCGGCACGUGUUUAAGGUGGGAGAGCUCGAGCGCUCCAGCUCCACCCACACGUCCUUCCUGCUGCGCUCUGUGAAGCACCUUUCCAAGGGCAACGAGAAGAUGAAAAAGGAAAUCCUCGAGCGGAGUCUCAGCCUUGUGCACAAGAACGAGGCCGUCGACAUGACGUUCGCCAGCAAGGCCGAGUGCGACCAGCUGGGGGAGUGGAUCGCUGCGAAGUGGUCUGUCGCCAUGCUCCAGAAGUCGUUUAAGGGAAACCCGAGAAUAGCCAUGGCCCUUCAAGGGCGAAACAUCUCCAUGGCCCGUGAAGGUGCGUACGACGCUCCCAAGAAAACCGGGCGGCGAGGUCGGGGGCGCGGCGGUAGUGGCGGCGGGGAGGACGAGGUGGACGGGGCUGGGUUCGGCCGCUUGCCGAAGCUCGACGCCAAGACGAAGGCCAAGCUCGAGGAAGACCUGCUGGGCGGCGUGCACGUCACCUACCACGACUUGUCGUUGAGGGGUUACAUCAGCACGAGCACCCCUCGAAGGCUCCGGUACGACUGCCAGUCAAAGGCGGGCCUCGUGUAUUUGGAGGCGUCUUUUGAAGGGGACGGAGAUGACAUCGUCGAGCCCUUGUCGAGCCUAGUGCAGGUUGGAGGGGGGCUUUCAGCGCACGGACCGACCUCAUCGCUUCUCAGGGCCACGGCGGGCGACAACAAAGAGCAAAGAGCGGCGGCGGUAAGCCUCGUCUUCUCGGCGAGGUCAAUGGACAUCACCUGCGGUUGCUUGAAGGACGCUCACGAGCUGGUCCUGUACUUUUCGGAGCUGAAGGGCUUCACCCGCGCGAAGCCUCCGGACCGUUCCAUGCUGGGGUACGCGCCCGAUGACGCUGGGCGGCAAACGGCGAGAGAGUCCUGCACCGGCGUGAGGGGGGGGGGCACCGGGGGGCACCGGGGGGUGUCGCCGCGGCAGCAGGACGACGUGCACGCCGCCGGGGCCGCGAUGCUGAACAUGUCAGAGACCGAUGGUGGGCCCCCCGGGACGGGGAUCGACGUGGAGGACGCCACCGGGCAGAGCGCACCCUCCUACGGGGCCCGGAAGAUGUCGCCAGCGGAGACCCUGGGGAGCAGCGUGCCGUCCUUCUCGACCCGUUUCCGCAGCGGCUACGGGGGCGACGACCGCGGCGACGGCGGGGAAGGCUCGCCGGGGCUGCUGAGGCAGAGCUCCGCGGCGAGCGGGUUCAACACGACCGCCUCGCUGCGGGGCCUGCCUUCGGAAGGCGAGGCCGCGCUGCACCGGGUGUGGAAGGCCGGAGGGGGGGCGAAGGGAUCGGAGCCUCCCCGUUCACCGGGAUCGCUGGGGGCGGGGGCCCCGCAGUUUCACUCGACCCCGACGACCGGCAGGCGGGCGACCAUAGCCGUGGUGUCCCCUACCCCCGAGGCCCGUGCCGAGGGUGGUGGGAGGAAGGGUCGGCGGGGGGAGCACCCGCACGCGCUUCAACAGCAGGGGCGAAAUCGGGGCCGCCAGCAGCAGGGAGACUCAAGGACAGCAGAGACGCCUGGCUCCCCCGCUGGUCGAGCGGCGGCGGCAACUGCGAGAGCGGCGCCUCCCCCUACAUACGAGGCCCUCGUGAACAGCGGUGGCAGCGGCGGGAACGUCGCCGCCGCCGCCGCCGCCUCCGCUGGAUUCACGCCGUCCCACGACGAGGGCUCGUCGUCGCAGCACCAGCACCAGCAGCCGCGACCGGGCCGCACGGUGGGGACCCUCGCCCGGCGGAACGCGUCGAGAACGCCUCCGAGAAGAGGGGGCGAGGGGCAGCAGCACCAGCAGCAGCAGGCUGAUCCGACUGCUGCGCGCCGUGAAGAACGCUCGCCGACGCCGACGUCGAGAGGCAGGGGGCGUAGAGACACCCUCGGUGUCGCCCCCGGCGGCGGCGACGGCGGCAGCGGCGGCGGCGGCGGGGCCCGGUCGCCGGCACGAGGUGGUACUGCGCGUCCGCUGCCACCGACCCCCGAUGACAUCGCCUGGGGUGCGGGUGCGGGCGCGGCCGACGCUGCUGACCACCGCGUGCGCCACCGAGCGAACCUCCAAGCGCAGUUCCCGGGCUCCGGUGGUGGUGGCGGCGGCGGCGGCGCUAGGGGUAGUGGUUCCGGCCGUUCUCCUCCCCCUCCUCCUCCUCGUCCAGGUACCGCUGGUGCUGCAGCGCGGCCGUUUACGAACCCGGCGGACGUCGCCGCCUCCGUACGCGAAGCCGAACACAACGCGGACGUGAUCAAGACGAUGGCCGGCGGCCUCGGCGCUGCUGCAGGAGGGAGAGACCGCGGCGGAGGAAGCGGCAGCGGCAGCCUAGGGGGUGGUGGUGGUGGUGGCGGUGAGACGGUUGUGGAGCGGAGAAGGUUCGGCGGGAUCGAGCGGCGCACCGUAGAGACGCGUGCCGGCGGUAGCGGGACUCGUAGCCCGACCAGGUCUGCCUCUCCCGCAGACCACCGCGGCGGCGGCGGCCGUGGCGGCGGCAGCAUCGAAGACGACGACAGCUUCACCACCUUCCGCGUGAAGGGACCAACGCCCGCGCCCGAGCCGAUCGACGACAUCGACAGGUCGGGCAGCGGGGCGUACGGCCGGAGGCGGUCGCCGACGGGCUCGUCGCUGGACCAUUCCGGGACGGGCGCGCGGCGCUCGCCCGCGGGGUCGUCAUUGGACCAUUCUUGGACGGGCGCGCGGCGUUCGCCCGCGGGGUCCGACGCAUCGGCGAGCGGCCGCGGGGGGGGCCACUCGGCCUCUCCGACGAGGGCGAAGCUGAGGCUGAGGAAGACCGGCAUCGGGAAGGCCUUCCGGGAAGGGGCGAAGCUCUUUUCGUCCGGCGGGGGAGUCGUUCCGUCCAGGAGCCACGGCAAAACCUCCGGCAGCCCGGUCUCGCGCUCGCCGUCCCCCGCGGGGGCUCGCGGGGGCUCGCGGGGCCUCGGGUCUCUGGAUCUUUCCUCGAACGGCGGCGGCGGCGGCGGCGGCGGGGGGGGGAUCCGGAACCGUUUCUUCUCGAACCCGAGAGCCAGGACGGGGGGCGGGAAGCCCGCCUACGCCAGCGCCGGUAUCGGCGGGGUGGAGGACUUCUCGGCCACCGCCGCGGCCGCUAAGUACAGCAAGUUCAGCACGUCCCCCGCGGCAGCUGCUACCCAAGCCUCGGCGACCUCAACGCAGGCCCGGCGCGAGAGCCACUCGUAGUGGUAGUAGACGCACACGCGCGUGACCCGGGGCUGGGGGGGGGGGGGAGGGGGCACGCGAAUAUUUUUAUUGUUUUUUUUUUUGUUUUUCGUGGCUGACUGCAGCUGGAGCGUCGUGGCGAUACACACGGCAACAGGCCCAGCCUAAUAACUUCCCCUGUUUUGCUACCACGUGUGUUUCGUUCCGAGGCGCGAUUGGUGUACGAUGCAACAGUUUUUCUUUUUUUCGUUUCGAUUUUUUCGCCUCAAGAAGAAAAGGAGCGGGUGCAAAUCGACCCACCCGCCUGCAUGGAACGGCGAAAUGUCGCGUUUUGUUUUCAAGUCGUCGGCAGAGGGGGAUGAGAAAUAGUCGUAGGUUACCUCUCCUGGAACUUCAGGAGUUGGUUGCUCCCUGAAGCUGCGUGUACCCUUACCACAAGGAUACAGUUUUCUUGUGUUGUGCGUUUUUUUUUUUACAUUUUGUUGUCUUUCUCGGCCGCGGUGUGUGUUUUCGGUGGACCCUGCGUCCGUUUCGUUUCCGUCGUAUCUGUUUUUCGCGGGGGGGACUCAGGCGGUUUUCUUUUCCGCAUGGUAGACGCAAUAAUGCGUGAAGAGGGCUUCGGCCGUGAGUUGAGCUUUUGACUGACAGAAGCGGGGGAUAACUCCUUAUUGUUUUUGAUUUGGUUGGUGGCGCUCCUGCUGCAGCCGCGGCGGCGGUUGCUGCCGGUUCCAUUUUUUUUUGUCCCUGUCGCGUUCGUGUUCGGUCCAAGUCGCAAUGAUGUUUUUCACCUUUUCGGCGUUGAUGAUGGAUCAUGGCCGCAUGUGCGCGCGCGCGCGCCAUAAAAAGGAGCCGCUUUUUUGUUUUUUUUCAGGACCAUAGUCCCGGUUUGCUUUCGCGUUAGGCUCCGAAUUAACGAAGGUCCAAAACUGCAAAAAUCGAAAAAAUAAAAAUAAAAAUUGAGCUCUGCCGGUAAAAAAAAAACGAACGGCGUUAUUUUUGGUAUUCGACCAAUCACAGCUCGAUUUGGGUUUGGAUUUGGAUUUUUUGGGAGCUUCGUUAUUUUCCGGGCCUUACGAGUGACCGGGGAGGGGGCCUCUAGAGAGGAAAACAAGCGCGCUGCAGUUGGGAGGAAGCCUCCGUUUUGUCGGAGGGAAGGUCGCGAAGUAGUCCAUCCGUGUUCGAGUAGUUGGACCGCGAGAACGUGGAUUUGCACAAGCAAUUUUUGAUAUAUGUACGUUAUUUUUCCGAAAUUUGUUGUUGAAUAAUUUUUGUUCUUUACAUGUCUUUGUUGUAGGUGUGUGCUUGCACGCCGUUGGCAAUAGGCGGGGUUUGAUUCAGAACUCGUACUUGCAAAUCUGAUGUUGGAAAAAAACGGGAAACUGCCGGGCACGUGUACGUAGACAUUGGUUGUGCCUGUGACCGCAGAGGGGUGUGUGUGCAUGAGGCCCUCUGUGAACGCGUGCACUGCAGCACAUGAUGAAUUAUCGAGUUUUUCGGGGGGCGGGGAGCACACGUCAGAUGGGGCUGCGGGGCGUGUGGCGGGGGAAGUAUGCCCCCUUCUCCACUGGUUCACUUGUUUUCAUGUCUAAUUUCUUUCCUGUUGGGCUGUUGCGAGAUUAUUUUGUUCCUGUGUAAGCAAAACGGAUGCCUGCAAGGUCCAGGGGUGGAAGGUGGUGAAUAUUGCUAGAUAUUAGCCGCGCACCGAAACAAGGCAAGAAAGUGGUGGAAAGAGUCGAAAAAAAUCAACGAAUUCCUGCGGGGAUUGGAACGU